UGCAGCUUUACUCUCGUCGCAACGAGAUCUUUCGAGAUCUUCUCCGCCCCCGCUACCGGCGCACCUUCUGCGGCCGCUGAGCCGGAGCCGGUCUGAGCAGUGCCCUCCGCCGCGGCUUUCCUUCUAAGAACCGAGGGGCUCGUGUGGUCACCCUCACUUCCCCAACUAGCCCGGGUUCCCCGGCCCACACGGCCGUCUUUCCGCGCGCCAGCCCCGCCGGGGUCCGUGUCGUGUCUUGCCGGCCGGACCGGGGCUCGAGCCCGAGCUGUAGCCGGCGCCAUGUCGGUGGUGGGCAUAGACCUUGGGUUCCAGAGCUGCUACGUCGCCGUAGCCCGCGCCGGUGGCAUCGAAACGAUCGCUAAUGAGUACAGCGACCGCUGCACGCCGGCUUGCAUUUCUUUUGGACCUAAGAAUCGUUCAAUUGGAGCAGCAGCUAAAAGCCAGAUAAUAUCUAAUGCAAAGAAUACAGUCCAGGGAUUUAAAAGAUUCCAUGGCCGAGCAUUCUCUGAUCCGUUUGUGGAGGCAGAAAAAUCUAAACUUGCAUAUGAUAUUGUGCAGUUGCCCACUGGAUUAACAGGAAUAAAGGUGAAAUACAUGGAGGAAGAGCGAAAUUUUACCACAGAACAAGUGACUGCUAUGCUGUUGUCCAAACUGAAGGAGACAGCAGAAAGUGUUCUUAAGAAGCCUGUUGUGGACUGUGUUGUUUCGGUUCCUUGUUUCUAUACUGAUGCAGAAAGAAGAUCAGUGAUGGAUGCAACACAGAUUGCAGGUCUCAAUUGCCUGCGAUUAAUGAAUGAAACUACUGCAGUUGCUCUUGCAUAUGGAAUCUAUAAGCAAGAUCUUCCUGCCUUAGAAGAGAAGCCAAGAAAUGUAGUUUUUGUAGACAUGGGGCAUUCUUCUUAUCAAGUUUCUGUGUGUGCAUUUAAUAGAGGAAAACUUAAGGUUCUGGCCACUGCAUUUGACACAACACUUGGAGGCAGAAAAUUUGAUGAGGUGCUAGUAAAUCACUUCUGUGAAGAAUUUGGAAAGAAAUACAAGCUAGACAUAAAGUCCAAAAUCCGUGCAUUAUUACGACUGUAUCAGGAAUGUGAGAAACUCAAGAAAUUGAUGAGUGCAAAUGCUUCAGACCUUCCCUUGAGCAUCGAAUGUUUUAUGAAUGAUGUUGAUGUAUCUGGAACUAUGAAUAGAGGCAAAUUUCUGGAGAUGUGUGAUGAUCUCUUAGCUAGAGUGGAGCCACCACUUCGCAGUGUUUUGGAACAGGCCAGGUUAAAGAAAGAAGAUAUUUAUGCAGUGGAGAUAGUUGGUGGUGCAACACGUAUCCCUGCAGUGAAAGAGAAGAUCAGCAAAUUUUUUGGUAAAGAACUUAGUACAACACUAAAUGCUGAUGAAGCUGUUACUCGAGGCUGUGCAUUGCAGUGUGCAAUCUUAUCGCCUGCUUUCAAAGUCAGAGAAUUUUCUAUCACUGAUGUAGUACCAUAUCCAAUAUCUCUGAGAUGGAAUUCUCCAGCUGAAGAAGGAUCAAGUGACUGUGAAGUCUUUUCAAAAAAUCAUGCUGCUCCUUUCUCUAAAGUACUCACAUUUUAUAGAAAGGAACCUUUUACUCUUGAGGCCUAUUAUAGCUCUCCUCAGGAUUUGCCCUAUCCAGAUCCUGCUAUAGCUCAGUUUUCAGUUCAGAAAGUCACUCCUCAGUCUGAUGGCUCCAGUUCAAAAGUGAAAGUCAAGGUUCGAGUAAAUGUCCAUGGCAUUUUCAGUGUGUCCAGUGCAUCUCUAGUGGAAGUGCACAAGUUUGAGGAAAAUGAGGAACCGAUGGAAACAGAUCAGAAUGCAAAGGAGGAAGAGAAGAUGCAAGUGGACCAGGAGGAACCACAUGUUGAAGAGCAACAGCAGCAGACACCAGCAGAAAAUAAGGCAGAGACUGAAGAAAUGGAGACCUCUCAAGCUGGAUCAAAAGACAAAAAGAUGGACCAACCACCUCAAGCCAAGAAGGCAAAAGUGAAGACUAGUACUGUGGACCUGCCAAUUGAGAAUCAGCUAUUAUGGCAGAUAGACAGAGAGAUGCUCAACUUGUACAUUGAAAAUGAGGGUAAGAUGAUUAUGCAGGAUAAACUGGAGAAGGAGAGGAAUGAUGCUAAGAACGCGGUGGAAGAAUAUGUGUACGAAAUGAGAGACAAGCUUGGUGGCGAGUAUGAGAAGUUUGUGAGUGAAGAUGAUCGUAACACUUUCACCCUGAAACUAGAAGAUACUGAAAAUUGGUUGUAUGAGGAUGGAGAAGACCAGCCAAAGCAAGUUUAUGUUGAUAAAUUGGCUGAAUUAAAAAAUCUAGGUCAGCCUAUUAAGAUACGAUUCCAGGAAUCUGAAGAAAGACCAAAAUUAUUUGAAGAACUAGGGAAACAAAUCCAACAGUAUAUGAAAGUAAUCAGCUCUUUCAAGAACAAGGAGGACCAGUAUGACCAUUUGGAUGCUGCUGACAUGGUGAAGGUGGAAAAAAGCAUGAAUGAGGCCAUGGAGUGGAUGAAUAACAAGCUGAAUCUGCAGAACAAGCAGAGUCUGACCAUGGAUCCAGUUGUCAAGGCAAAAGAGAUUGAAGCUAAAAUUAAAGAGCUGACGAAUAUCUGUAACCCAAUAAUUUCAAAGCCCAAACCCAAAGUUGAACCUCCAAAAGAGGAGCAAAAAAAUGCAGAGCAAAAUGGACCAGUGGAUGGACAAGGAGACAGCCCAGGCCCUCAGGCUUCUGAGCAGGGUACAGACACAGCUGUGCCUUCGGAUUCAGACAAGAAGCUUCCUGAAAUGGACAUUGAUUGAUUCCAACAAUUGUUUAUAUUAAAACAGACUAUUAUAAAGCU